AUGCUCUAUGGGAAGCGGCCGUUUGGGGAGGGGCUGACUCAGGAGCAGGUCUUCAGGGACAGGGUCGUGCUCAACGCGCGGCAGGUCGACUUCCCGGCCAAGCCGGCCGUGUCACCCGAGGCGCGCGCCUUCAUCAGCCGCUGCCUGGCCUACCGCCAGCAGGACAGGUGGGACGUGCUCACCGCGGCGGCCGACCCCUACCUGCAGCUCAAGCGCUGA